AUACUUAUAUAUUCCUUAACUUGAUUUUUCUUGCCAAGUAUGCAAGCUUUCAAUAGGAAAUAGUAUCAAUCAGUGUAAAACAAUUGAUCUCAGGCUGUUUGUAAGGAUUUAUAAGGACGAACUUGCUUGCUUCUUCUCUCAAACCAUGAACCCAAUAACACCGGGUUCCAUGGGAAAGCUUUGGUUGUUCGCUCUAGUCCUCUUCUCAACCCUCUCUCUGCUCUCAGCCACCUCCAAGCAAACUUAUAUUGUUCAUAUGAAUCACAACUCCAAGCCUCUCUCACAUGCCACUCACCAUGACUGGUAUCAAUCCUUAAUUUCCACCUCUGAUUCCAUUCUCUACACCUACACCACCGCAUUUCAUGGCUUCGCUGCUUAUCUCGAUCCUCAAGAAGCUGAAUCUCUUAGGAACAAGGAUGCUGUCCUUAAUGUGUUUGAAGAUAGAGUCUACUCUGCUCAGACCACACGCACCCCACAAUUCCUUGGUCUCAACUCCAGCUUCGGCUUGAGUGACGGGCGUCGAUUUGAAGAAAUUGAACAUGCUUCUCAGGAUGUCAUCAUAGGAGUUAUUGAUUCUGGCGUGUGGGCAGAGUCCAAAAGCUUUGACGACAAGGGGAUGCCGGGGAUUCCAAAACGAUGGAAGGGAAAAUGCAUGUCUGGUAAGGAUUUCAAUAAAAGACUCUGCAAUAAGAAGCUAAUUGGCGCUCGUUAUUUCUUAAGAGCACACGAGAAACAAGUAUCUGGGUCGAAUCAUGUUGGUGUUAUCUCACCUCGGGACUAUGACGGCCAUGGAACGCACUGUGCUAGUAUAGCUGCAGGGUCACCUGUUGAGAAUGUGAGUUUGUUCGGUUAUGCGAAGGGCACUGCCCGAGGAGUAGCUUUUCGUGCCCGAUUGGCAAGCUAUAAGGUCUGUUUAGGAAGCGACAAUUGUCGUGGAGCCGAUGUUCUAGCGGGGAUGGAAAGUGCUAUUUCAGAUGGUGUUGAUGUUCUCUCUAUCUCGCUUGCCUCUAAACCAGAACAACAUUAUCUAGACCCAAUUGCUUAUGGUGCAUUAUUCGCAAUGAGUAAGAGAGUUUUCGUCAGCGUCGCAGCUGGUAAUGCAGGACCUAGAAAAUCCUCAAUAGUGAACGUAGCUCCAUGGGUUAUGACGGUUGGUGCCGGGAGUGUAGACAGGGACUUCCGGGCUUAUGCUUUGCUUGGUAACAAACAGCUAUUCAAAGGUAUGUCUAUCUACAAUGGACCAAGAAUGAGGAGUAAGCUAGUGGGGUUGGUUUACCAUAGGGGAAAGAAUAGUUCGAGCAAUUAUUGUUUGGAUGGUACACUUGAACCAGCGUUGGUGCAUGGCAAGGUGGUGAUCUGUGAUAUAGGAGGAAUCGGAUCUGUAGAGAAAGGUCUAGUGGUGCGCAGGGCAGGAGGUGUUGGGAUGAUACUAGUAAACUUUGUAUCUGUGAAAGAAUUAUCAGCUGAAAGCCACUUGUUGCCGACUGUGGCAGUGGGGAAGAAGGUAGGUGACUUAAUCAAACAGUAUGAGAAAACUGAUCCUAAUCCCAGAGCUACACUUGGCUUUGAUGGAACGGUAGUAAACGUACAGCCAUCACCAAUGGUGGCAGAUUUUAGCUCUCGAGGGCCGAAUCCGGUGACACCACAGAUCUUGAAGCCAGAUAUUAUAGCUCCUGGAGUUAACAUCCUGGCUGCAUGGUCUGAAGCCAUAGGUCCAUCUAGCCUGAAGCUAGAUAACAGGAUCGUCAAGUUCAAUGUUAUUUCAGGAACAUCUAUGGCAUGUCCACAUGUGAGUGGAAUAGCUGCAUUAAUGAAAGCUGCACAUCCAAAUUGGAGUCCAAGUGCAAUCAAAUCUGCAAUCAUGACUACUGCCUACAAUAUUGAUAAUACCAACUCCCCAAUUCGAGAUGUUGUUACCGGUUCAUCUUCCAACCCAUGGGCGUAUGGGUCCGGUUAUGUAAACCCACAGAAAGCUCUUUCUCCUGGACUCGUUUAUGAUACUUCUGACGAAGAAUACUUAAAAUUCUGGUGUUUAUUUCUUGAAAACCCAAAUCCCUCUUGUUCAAGAAAAUUUAGUGAUCCUGGUGAGCUCAAUUACCCAUCAUUUUCAGUAUUGUUUGGAAGCAAUUCAAUUGUCCAAUACAGUCGUGAAUUGACAAACGUUGGUCAGAUCAAUUCAACAUACAAAGUGAAGGUGACUGCUCCAUCAACUGUGGCUGUGACUGUGAAACCAACUAAGCUGGUUUUUAAAAGUGUAGGGGAAAAGCAGAGAUAUACAGUUACAUUUAUGGACAAGAAAGAUAAAAAGUCUAAUCUUAAAGCUGCCUUUGGUUGGAUUGUAUGGAGUAAUGCUCAGUACAAAGUUAGUAGCCCAGUCGCAGUUACAUGGCCAUGAGAAACUAGCUUUGAUCCUGAAAGAGCUCAUCAUUAUAUACAAGUGUGGAAUAUGUUUUGUUAGUUAAAAAUAACUUGUAUUACCAUGUAAUCGAAUUGUAUCAUGUUUUAUUAGUUAAAAUAAACUGCUUGGUUUUAUAA